AGUGGUUUUUUGGCAAAAUGGAUCCUGAAGAUCUCAGUGAAUCAGAGGAAGAAGAAGAUGAUGAGAUGAUGCUACUCAUUUUGCCAGCUUUGUAUCUAGCUUCCGCUGGGUACGAGGCAAAACGUACACGAUAUCGCAGUGGCGCAGAAUGGAUAUGCAAAGUUCUUGAAGACGACCGAGGUCAGGGCUAUCCGGAACUUCGAAUUGAGCCUUGUAUUCUCCGUGAAUUUUCACAGCAUGUUAGGUCAAAACAUCUUCUGCGGAAUACAAGAGGUGUUUCUGUGGAAGAGCAGAUCGGCAUGUUUGUGUACAUGCUCUCGCGAAACGCUAAUUUUGACCAAUUAAGUGAUAGAUUUGAGCGCAGCAGAGAGACUAUCCAUAGACAUAUCAAGGCAUGCUUUGAUGCGAUCGUCUCACUGAAAGGUGACUUUGUGAAGCGUCCUGGAACUAAGACUCAUUGGAAAAUAUUAUCUGAUCCGCAUUACGGGCCAUACUUUGAGAACUGUAUAGGAGCAAUCGAUGGAAUUCAUGUCCCGUUGACAAUAUCAGAUAGGGAAGCAGCUCCAUAUCGAAAUAGAGAAGGAUUCAUUACUCAAAAUAUGAUGCUUGCUUGUGAUUUUGAUCUCAGUUUUGUCCAUGUGUCCUCUGGCUGGGAAGGCUCUGCAUCUGAUGCAGAGGUCUUGCAUUCUGCUAUGGAAUCUGGAUUGCAAGUUCCAAGGGGCAAAUAUUAUUUGGUCGAUGAGGGUUAUCCGAACACUCCUUCCUUUCUUGCUCCUUAUACCGGGGUCCCUUACCAUAUUGAAGAGCAGGAGCAGAGAAGUUUCCAUGCAAGAGACUACAAGGAGUUGUUCAACCUUCGUCAUGCACAACUUCAUAACCAUAUCAAAGAUGCUAUAGGUCUAUUAAACAUGAGAUUUCCAGUUUUGAAGGUUGCGACAUCGUACCGGUUAGAGACUCAGCUGAAAAUUCCAGCAGCGGCUGUGGUAUUGCAUAACAUAAUUCAGAGGCAAGGAGAUGCUGAAGGAUCUUCAGUGAACCAAACAAUCCCAAUCGAUACCCGUGAAAGUGGGGAUGACGCACAUGGCCAUGAUGUUUCAGCACUCAGCAAUCAGCAUGACAUGGGCGAUGCUUUAAGAGACAACAUUGCAAAGAGGAUGUGGGAAGAUUACAUAAGAAAUAUGUGAUUUUUCAUAUUUCUUACGUACCAAAGGUAAAAAAGAGAGGAAAGGAUGUACAAGUCCUCUAAAGCCUUUGGGGUUUGCGUACACUGACACA